AUGGUCCACCGCACGCCGACACCUGUCGCCGACAUUCCCCAGUCGCGUCAGGAAGCACUCCGCAUCCGCCAGGCCCUCACCCUCUACCUCCGAUCGCACCUUGUCUUUGCGGACGAGGACACCGCCCCCCGCAAUGGACACGCCCAAUCGCACCUCUCCCUGUGCGUCCCCCACGAUGCCGUCAUCGACGUGAAGCGCCCUCCCUCCGAGGUGACCGGGCUGCGCAAGGAGUACCUGGAGGCGCUGCGGGCGAACUUGGCAGCCAGGCGCGAGUACCAGGCCCUCUGCGAGAAGACAGGCGCCGUUCGAGAGGUGUCUUCGAGGUCGAAGGAGGGCGGCUCCGCGGCUAAGUCCUCGCUCGAGCUACAGGCCUAUCUGCGCCUUCUGCGCGACCGACGGCGCCACGCGAAGCUACAAGUCUUCCAGCAUUAUCUGCAGGGAAUCAAGGCGCGCAAUCCCACGCACGUCGAGGACUUCGAUACGAGAGAGAGCCGCGGGGAACAAGUGGCGUCAUUGCGCGACCUGGACGCCGGGGGCUCCGGUAGUGGUGGCGGUGCGAAGCCCGAGGAUUGCGUGGAAGAGCUGAUGCACAAGCUGGAACGAGCGGUGAUUCGCGCGCAGGCUCAACUCAACAGCGAGAAGAAGCUCCUGGAAGAGUUCAAGGCACUGCAGACUCCCGCUGCCGACGCUGCUCCUGCGGUGAAGCUGGCGGCGCUACAGCGGACGCGCGACGAGCUGGUGCAUUGGGUGGAAGAGAAACUUGUGAGUGAGGGGGACGGCGAGGAGGCCCCCCUGCAAGAGAUCCCCGCCGAGGAGAUCGAGGAAUCCACCCGCCUGCUGGAAGACCAGAAGGUCCAGGUUGUCGAGCAAUAUGCAGCCUACGUGGAUGCACGAAAGCGGCUGUUAGAUGCCGCUUCACGGGCGUGCCAACCCAUCACCGUAGCGCCAGCCAGAUCUCCCGACCGUGUUAUUGAGCCAAGGAAGACGGAGACACUAGGGGAGCCCGUGUCGUUGGAUCCGGCCGGUGUCCUGUCUUUUACGAGCGAUAUCCUCCUGCCCAUGGCGAAAGGCCAGCGGGCGUUGGCACUACAGAAGUCCUACCUUGCGGGAAUGCUGGCCAAGGAGAAGUCUACAGCACUUCGCGUGUUGAAUCGCCUGAGUGACGAGAGCCAUCUCCUCCCCGAAUACCCGCUGCUCGCUCGUCAGCCUCGCUUCCAGCACGCUACUGCGGCCCUCCGGUCCCGACAGACGGCGGCGCCAGCUGAGAUGAAGCCAGACGAGGUCGUGCGUCUGGCAGAGGCGUGGGCCUUUGCGUCCGAGGCCGCCGGUACCAAUGAGCGACAAUACGUGGAGCAGAAAGUGACGGAGGGGAGAGAGACGGCGGAAGACGCAGAGCAGGUGCUACAAGAAGUGUACGGCCUCCUCGACCAGAACCUGGGAGAGGCCCUUCAAGAAGACAAUGGCGACGGUGGCUUGGAGAGUGAUGUCUGGGCGUCUCAGGCACUAUCCACGCGGCCCCAGGCCAAGCUCGGACAUCACAGUAAGCGACCCCAGGGUCCUUGGAGUGGACUAGAUGGACGAGUAGGCGUGGGAAUUCCCUGA